AUGGAAUCACACCAAAUCCGCGUCGAUUUGGCCAUAUGCGAUUUGGUCUUCGAGGCCUUGGAAGCUCUUCUCAUGAGAGGUCAUGUUGAGGAAGCCCUUGGAUGCAUUGAUCUGCUGAUGCACAGUGGUUGUGCACCCAAUUUUGGUAGUCUUCUAUCUAUUCUAUCUGAGAAAGGGAAGACCGUUGUUGCUCUGAAAUUGUUGUAUUUUUGUGUGGAGAGAGACUGCAUUGUAGACUUUUCAAGUUGUGAGAAGAUGUUGGAUGCUCUCUUAGCAAUUGAGAAGACUCUCAAUGCAUAUUCUUUAUUGUUUGAAAUUUUGGCGAAAGGAAGGGCCACUGAUUGGAAGAGUUGUGAGGAUUUGAUUACUAGCCUUAAUCAGGAAGGGAACAUAAAGCAAGAAAUUGAUGGGAUCAGAAAAGGGAUGGUAAAAAUGGAAUCACACCAAAUCCACGUUGAUUUGGCCAUAUGCGAUUUGGUCGCCGAGGUCUUGGAAGCUCUUCUCAUGAGAGGUCAUGUUGAGGAAGCCCUUGGAUGCAUUGAUCUGCUGAUGCACAAUGGUUGUGGAUCCAAUUUUGGUAGUCUUCUAUCUAUUCUAUUUGAGAAAGGGAAGACUGUUGUUGCUCUGAAGUUGUUGUAUUUUUGUGGGGAGAGAGACUGCAUUGUAGACUUUUCAAACUGUGAGAAGAUGUUGGAUGCUCUCUUAGCAACCGAGAAGACUCUCAAUGCAUAUUCUUUAUUGUUUGAAAUUUUGGCGAAAGGAGGAGCCACUGAUUGGAAGAGCUAUGAGGAUUUGAUUACUAGCCUUAAUCAAGAAGGGAACACAAAGCAAGCAGAUAUACUCUCUAGAAUGAUAAGGGAGGGGAGACAACCCGUGGGAGCAAGAAGGGGAAGAAACAAUUAG